UGUAACAACGUCAGGAAGUAUGAUUGUUUGAACCCUUUAUCAAAAUUGAAGAUCACAAAACCUCAAUAUAACCGUCGUUUCUAGACUUUCUACAUCCAAAUUUCACGAUUCAAUCAAUCACGACUCGUGUGUACCACCCCCCAACACUAACUACUCAAAACAAUGACUUUGUCAAUAUCACCAUCCUCCCCUAAACCCAAAAAACAGAAAAAAAGAAAGAGAGACAAAUUAGGAGUAGUUUAUCUGCCACUCUUUGAUAACUCCGCCCUUCUUCUAAAAACCUUCUCAAAACCCCCCCUUUUUCUUCUCUUUCUCACUCAAGCUCAAACUCAAAUUUUCCAGAAAAAAAUCGCCAUUUUCGAUCUCUUCAUCAACCUUCACAAUGCAGUCUUCUCUCUCUCUUCCAUCAUCUUCUCCAAUCACUACCAGAUCAAAUCACACCUUCGAUUUCCCCUCAUUUUCAGCUAAACCUCUUAACCUUAAUCUCCGAUUUUGUGGACUUCGUCGAGAAGCGUUGAGUUUCUCCGUCAAAUCUCGCCGAGUUGAGCUUCCGAGUCGUCGAGUUCCGAAUUCUAUCUCCGCUGCUUUAUCUACCAAUGGUAGCUCUCCUAAGAGUUUCGAUUAUGAUCUCGUGAUUAUUGGUGCUGGUGUUGGUGGACAUGGUGCCGCGCUUCAUGCCGUUGAGAAGGGUCUUAAAACGGCGAUCAUUGAAGGCGAUGUGAUGGGAGGAACUUGUGUGAACAGAGGUUGUGUCCCUUCUAAAGCAUUGUUGGCUGUGAGUGGGAGGAUGCGCGAGCUUCAAAAUGAACAACACUUGAAAUCCUUUGGAAUACAGGUUGGAGCUGCUAAUUAUGAUAGACAGGGAGUGGCUGAUCAUGCAACCAAUCUCGCUUCUAAAAUUCGUGGUAAUCUGACUAAUUCACUUAAGGCGCUUGGUGUGGAUAUACUGACAGGCUUUGGUACAAUUCUGGGUCCGCAAAAGGUGAAAUUCGGUAAAGAUAACAUUGUAACUGCAAAGGAUAUAAUUAUUGCCACUGGUUCAGUUCCUUUUGUUCCCAAAGGCAUUGAAGUUGAUGGAAAGACUGUUAUUACCAGUGAUCAUGCACUAAAGUUGGAGUCUGUGCCUGACUGGAUAGCAAUUGUGGGAAGUGGCUACAUUGGUCUUGAAUUCAGUGAUGUCUAUACAGCCCUUGGAAGUGAGGUCACAUUCAUCGAAGCUCUAGAUCAGUUAAUGCCUGGAUUUGACCCAGAGGUUUCAAAAUUAGCCCAAAGAAUACUGAUAAAUCCCAGGAAAAUUGAUUAUCACACCGGUGUUUUUGCAACAAAGAUCACUCCCGCAAAGGAUGGCAAACCAGUCACCAUAGAGCUUACUGAUGCCAAAACCAAGGCACCCAAGGAAACUUUGGAGGUUGAUGCAGCACUGAUUGCAACUGGAAGAGCACCUUACACCCAGAAUCUUGGUUUAGAAAGUAUCAAUGUUGCUACUCAGCGAGGUUUUGUUCCUGUUGAUGAGCGCAUGCGUGUUAUAGAUGCAAAUGGCAAGCUAGUGCCUAACUUGUACUGCAUUGGUGAUGCAAAUGGAAAAAUGAUGUUGGCUCAUGCAGCUAGUGCUCAAGGAAUCUCAGUUGUUGAACAAGUCACUGGAAGAGAUCAUAUUCUCAAUCAUUUAAGUAUUCCAGCUGCAUGCUUUACUCAUCCAGAGAUUAGCAUGGUUGGAUUAACUGAGCCCCAAGCCAGGGAGAAAGCUGAGAAGGAGGGAUUUGAAGUGAGUGUGGCAAAGACAAGUUUCAAGGCCAACUCAAAGGCAUUGGCAGAAAAUGAAGCGGAAGGACUUGCUAAGCUGAUAUACAGACCUGACAAUGGGGAGAUCCUUGGAGUUCAUAUAUUUGGAUUGCAUGCAGCAGACCUCAUCCAUGAAGCAUCAAAUGCAAUUGCAAUGGGCACCCCUAUUCAGGACUUAAAGCUUGCUGUUCAUGCACACCCAACACUAUCUGAAGUAUUAGAUGAGCUAUAUAAAGCAGCUAAGGUUAAUGCUCAAGUUUCUAGUCCAGCUAAAGUGCCCAUUGCAGUCUGAACCUGGUGAAGCAUUAUGCUACAGAAAGUUUUAAAGGCAAUAGCUUGUAUGAGGAUUGUUCAGAGAAAGCACAAGACACCCAACAAAGAGUGACAAUGCUUUUCGCCCCAGUAGUCUGGCAGUGAAAACAGCCCUUCAACGUACUAUUGCAUCUGCUCUGAUUACAAGUUUCAGCGCCUGGCUGUAUUGGGUGUUUUAAUUUGCUGCUCAAUUUCUUGCAAGAACACUUGCAUAUAGCUGCGCAAUUGGAAUGAUUUUUUUUAGUUCGUUAAAAUUUCGAAUUACCUACGCCAUUAGAUAUAGCAUUUUAGUUCUUUAUUUAAUUCAUAUUUAUAGCAAAAGCUUUCAUAGGUUAAGCUUUCAAUACAUCCUUAGAUUUAUUUUUUAUUCAUUCCCUUCUCCGUACCCUUUAUCUUCUGUUGACUUGAUGGGUGUCCAUAGAUCACGUCCAAAGGACUCCAACUCCAAUCCCUUUUUUUUUUA